AUGGAACCAAUCAAAGAGGAGCCCGAAGAUUUCGGAACCAACAGCAUGAUGUUGAACAACAUCGAACAAGACCCCGACACAGUCGACGCUGGUGCCCUGGUCCUCAGAGAUGUUGAAGAUCAAUCUCAAAGCGACACGAUGACCUUGGGAGAAACUGUUGACCAAUCCCCAACUGACGACAUGUCUUUGGACGAACUCGAAGACUUCUCUGACGCCUUCAGCGGCGGUGCCCUCAUCGACAGAGACUCUGACGACCACUCGGAAGCUAGCACCGUCAUCUUGGCCAACCGCAACCAACAGCCUGACACUCAGGAUGUGACCAUGACUGGCGCUCUAGAUCUCUACUCGAAUAUCAACCCCAGCCCUGACAAUGACAACGACUCUGAUGAGGAGAACCACCUUGCCCUCACCCCUGAGCCUGCCAGAACUCACCGCGGAACAGCAUCUUCGCCUUUCACAGACGCUGAUUCUGAUGAUCGAGACCAGACCGGGUCUUCGGUCGAUGCCCUCAACGGCAGCUCCUUCGACGAUAGCGCAACUUCAUCCUUCGGUUCCUAUUUCGUUGGGAACGAAAGCCAACCUGGCCAGUAUGGAGUCUUCCCUUACAACGUGGUCAACCCGAACGCGUUCCACCACGUGCCGUUCCCUCAUCCAGGUAUGAUGCCCGCGGCUCCCUGGCCUCAGGUCCCCAUGUCGCAGCCACUGUUCCCAAUGCUUCCGGAACCACUCCUUCCUCACAACCCAUAUGUUGUGAACCCUCCACAGGCCCCUGCUGGGUAUCCCUAUGUGCCAUUUGUGCCACCGAUGCAACCCAUGGCGUUCCCGACGUACUGCCCCCCGUACGCUCCAUUCGGAUACACGCCCUUCGGCUAUCAACCUGUCUACCAGGCACCCAUCAACCACUUUGGCGGGACUUACCCCCCUCUGGCAACUGAGCGCUGGAACCUAGAUUUGCCCGACACCAACGCGCAGAGAACUGCAGCAGCUGAGUAUCCUGUUCGAACUCAAACGCCCUACCCCCCUCGCUACCUGCCUCGCAACGGAAGCGGCUUUGAGUACACUGGGUUGGCAUCAGAGACCCCCAACUGGAACCCUACCUCGAUCGGCAUGUUUGAAGAGCCAGGAACUAUGAACAGGCCAGCAAGUGUGAACCGAGCCACUACAGGUAGCCCUCUUGAGCGUCGACGCACCACAGAGGAGCCUUUUGAGUCCGCUCACUCCUUCUCCUGGACAGAGCAGUAA